CCCUUUCUUUCAUUUCCAGCUUUGCUGCUGAGCUCCAUUUUCUUCUUCAGGCCCGACGCACAGGAAAAGGGGAUUAAAACUCGCUAAGCAAAAUGAAUGAAGAAUACGACGUUAUCGUUUUGGGAACUGGACUUACGGAAUGCAUCCUGUCCGGGAUCAUGUCUGUGAAGGGAAAGAAGGUCCUGCACAUGGACAGGAACUCUUACUACGGAGGAGACAGCGCCUCCAUCACCCCUCUGGAGGAUCUGUACAAGCGCUUUGCCUUGCCCGGUGCCCCUCCGGAGUCGAUGGGGAAAGGUCGUGACUGGAAUGUGGACCUCAUCCCCAAGUUCCUCAUGGCAAAUGGUCAGCUCGUGCGCAUGCUGCUGAUCACGCAGGUGACGCGUUACCUGGACUUCAAAGUAAUCGAGGGCAGCUUUGUCUACAAGAAGGGUGGAAUCUACAAAGUGCCCUCCACUGAGACUGAGGCUCUGGCUUCCAGCCUGAUGGGGCUGUUUGAGAAGAGACGUUUCCGGAAGUUCCUGGUCUUCGUCGCCAACUUUGAUGAGAACGAUCCCAAAACUAUGGAGGGUAUGGAUCCCAAAAAGACGACCAUGCGUGAGGUUUACAAGAAGUUUGACUUGAGCCAGGAUGUCAUUGACUUCACAGGCCAUGCCAUCGCGCUCUACCGCACAGACAGUUAUCUGGAUCAGCCCUGCCUCGACGCAAUAAACAGGAUUAAGUUGUACAGCGAGUCCUUGGCGAGAUAUGGAAAGAGCCCUUAUCUUUACCCGCUGUAUGGUCUGGGAGAACUGCCUCAGGGCUUUGCCAGGUUAAGUGCCAUCUAUGGAGGAACCUACAUGCUUAACAAGCCAAUUGAAGAGAUCGUUGUAGAGAAUGGCAAAAUAGUGGGCGUGAAAUCUGAGGGAGAGAUUGCCCGCUGUAAGCAGCUGAUUUGCGACCCCAGCUACGUCACGGACCGGGCCAAAGUCGUCGGCAAGGUGAUCCGAGUCAUCUGUAUCUUAAGCCACCCCAUUAAGAACACCUCAGAUGCCAACUCUUGCCAGCUCAUCAUCCCUCAGAACCAGGUCAACAGGAAGCAUGAUAUCUACGUGUGCAUGAUCUCGUAUGCACACAACGUGGCAGCGCAGGGUAAAUACAUCGCCAUCGCCAGCACCACCGUGGAAACUAACGACCCUGAGAAGGAAAUUAAACCAGCUUUGGACCUGCUGGAACCUAUCGAGCAGAAAUUUGUGAGCAUCAGUGAUCUUUAUGCUCCAACUGACUUGGGAACUGACAGCCAGAUCUUCAUCUCACGCUCCUACGAUGCCACGACCCACUUCGAGACCACCUGUGAUGACAUCAAGGACGUCUACAAGCGUAUGACCGGCACAGACUUUGACUUUGCCGAGAUGGAGCGCAAGAAGAACGACAUCUUUGGCGACGCGGGCGAUCAGUAACUGAGCUCUUAACACUGUUGGAUAUCAGAUAUUCAGAGGAUGGUAAUCUUUAAGGAGAGGGAAAAAAAUAAAAUAAAAAAAAAAAAAAAGGAAA